AUGAGUAAGACUCAUUAAAGUGGAAUAUAAAGAAAUGGAAUUGGAUUCUAAAAUUAAUAAUAAAUAUACCAAUAAUCUCAAAUAUAAUAAUAAUCAGAAAUUAGAUAUUAUGUUUACUAAGACCUAUAAAACAUAAUAAAUUUAAUAUAUUCAAGAAAUGCUGUACUUGAACAUUUUCAAAAUUAUCCAAAUCAUCCAAUGGUUACUUUAAUUAAUAAUAAAAUACUUUUAUAAUUAAAUUUAUCAAAUACAAUACACUUUUGUUUAUAAUAAGAAAAUUAAAAGAAUAGAAAUUUAUCAAAUUUUUUGAUAUAAUAGAGAAUGAAUGCAAAUAGAAUUCUUAAAAAUGUUAUUGAUUCUAAUAAAUAAUAGAAAAAUUAAAGUCUAAUAUAUUAAAAUAAUCAAAAAUAGAUGAAUUCAUUAGAAAAUGAAUUAUAAAAGUACAAAUAUUUUUAUGAAUCAUAAAAUUUUUAAUUAAAUUAAUUUUAACUUCAAGAAACAGGUUUAGCUGCUAAAUUUGAUGAAUCAGUUUUUCCUAAAAUUUUUGAUUAACAAAUAAAUCAAUUAAAUAAUGGUUAAUUAUAAGAUAUAACCUCAGAAAAAGAUAUUAUAAAAAGGGCAGAGUAAUUAUAUUUAUAUUAUCUAGAUUGUAAUAAUAAAAAGUUAUAAAUAAUUUAUACUAAAGAUAUCCAAAUAAAUUCACAUAAAAAUUCUAAACCUUAUUAUUUGGUUGA